AUGUCAAAAGAGGAUAACUACCCCUUGACUCGAGGUUCCAUUUCCUGGACCCGAAUCAAUUUGCUGCAGUACGUAUGGCGUGACACGCUUGGAUACCUGAUACACCCGGAAAUCUCCAGACAAGUACGGGACAUUGCCGAUAUAGCCACUGGAACGGGGCUCUGGCUUUGCGAGAUCGGAAAUGAUAAUUCGUAUCGAAACCUGCACGGCUACGAUAUAUCCGCGGAUUCGUUCAUCGACGCCAACAAUCUCCCGCCGGGUGUUCAGCUCAGAGCAGUAGAUGCGUCCAAACCGGCACCUGAGGAGUUGAAGGGGCAGUAUGAUGUUGUUCAUAUUCGGCUGUUGCAGUCGGUGGUGCAUAAUGAUGAUCCGACCUGGAUUAUUGACCACAGCAUUGAACUUUUGCGUCCUGGCGGUUAUCUUCAAUGGGAGGAAUUCGACCCUUUGCAGGUUGACCUGCAUGAGAACGGCCAAGCGCCUAACUUGGCGAAACUGGUUGAGAAACUCGAAACCAGAGUUCCGGGAAGUUGGGUUUCCAACUUACCAGCAACGCUGCAGCGAUACAACAUGAACAUUAUAGCCGUCGACCGCAAACGAGAAGUUCCGUGGCAUCACAAGACAGUAACACAUUUGUGCUGCAUGGUUUUUGAGGAAUAUGCAAGCAUGUUUCUGGACAAAGCUGGUCCUCCGGGGUCCGGGGACGAGAUGAGAGCACUGGUCAGUGCUGCGUACGAGGAAGCGCAGCGUGGUGCUUAUGCGUCGCAUCUUUUCCAGACAGUUGUGGCUCAGAAGACGAAAUGA